GAAGAUGGGGGUGGGGGAACUAAUGAAGGAAAACCUGAAAAGGAAGUUGGAGAGAGGAAAGAGUGUCCUACGCAUUUUGUUUUUACUCCUGCUCCUUCUCUCUGACUCCCUCCAGAAGCCAGAAAAAGUUUGCAAGCGCAACUUUAGGGAUGGGAGACAGGGCUCUUCACCAACAGACCCACAAAAAGAAGCGCCCGCUUCACCCUUCCCCAUUCGCGCCGCCGCCGUCCUUUCCCUCUCGCGGGGUGAUGGGCAGGAGGCAACACUCUUGGGACGCGGUAGCUCAGGCGGAUACCCUGGAAUCCCGUCAGGCUCGAGCAGCACGCAGCUCUCCCUCUGGCAAAGCCUCCUCUGCCUUGGCCAUCCACCUCCCGGAAAAGAAAAAGGAAAGAUCGAGCCUCUAAACCGUCCUUUCCCCCUCCCCCUCUUCCCGGGGGAGCUAAGGAAGAAAGUACCGUUCUGUGAUUCACUGGAGAGAAAAGAGGGAGGAGGCAAAAGAACUCGGAGUGCCAAAGCUAAAUAAGUUAGCUGAGAAAACGCACGCAGCUUGUAGCGCCUGCGCCGGGUGCGCCAGCUCCGCAAAGGCCAAACGGGCUCCGCGCUGGCCGGCCACGGGGCUAGGGACCCGGGUUUGGCCUUCAGGCUCCCCAGCAGCCGGGAAAAGGAAUUGCUGCCGGGAGUUUCUGCAGAGGUGGAGGGAGAUCAGGAAACGGCUUUUUCCUCACUUCGCCGCCUGCUGCUCUAGGCAGUGGGGAGGAGGAGGAGAAAGUGAAAUAUGCUGGAGAAGAGCGAGCCCUCCUUGUUCUUCCGGAGUCCCAUCCAUUAAGCCAUCACUUAUGGAAGAUUAAAGUUGUCGGACAUGGUGACAGCUGAGAGGAGAGGAGGAUUUCUUGCCAGGUGGAGAGUCUCCACCGUCUGUUGGGUGCAUGUGUGCGCCCGCAGCGGCGCGGGGCGCGUGGUUCUCCGCGUGGCGUCUCACCUGGGACCCGAGUGAAUGGCUCCCAGGGGCUGUGCGGGGCAUCCGCCUCCGCCUUCUCCACAGGCCUGGGUCUGUCCUGGAAAGAUGCUAGCAAUGGGGGCGCUGGCAGGAUUCUGGAUCCUCUGCCUCCUCACUUAUGGUUACCUGUCCUGGGGCCAGGGUUUAGAAGAGGAGAAAGAAGGGGCCUUACUAGCUCAAGCUGGAGACAGACUAGAGCCCAGCACAACUUCCACCUCCCAGCCCCAUCUCAUUUUCAUCCUAGCCGAUGAUCAGGGAUUUAGAGAUGUGGGUUACCACGGAUCUGAGAUUAAAACGCCCACUCUUGACAAGCUCGCUGCCGAAGGAGUUAAACUGGAGAACUACUAUGUCCAGCCUAUUUGCACACCAUCCAGGAGUCAGUUUAUUACUGGAAAGUAUCAGAUACACACCGGACUUCAACAUUCUAUCAUAAGACCUACUCAACCCAACUGUUUACCUCUGGACAAUGCCACCCUACCUCAGAAACUGAAGGAGGUUGGAUAUUCAACGCAUAUGGUCGGAAAAUGGCACUUGGGUUUUUACAGAAAAGAAUGCAUGCCCACCAAAAGAGGAUUUGAUACCUUUUUUGGUUCCCUUUUGGGAAGUGGGGAUUACUAUACACACUACAAAUGUGACAGUCCUGGGAUGUGUGGCUAUGACUUGUAUGAAAACGACAAUGCUGCCUGGGACUAUGACAAUGGCAUAUACUCCACACAGAUGUACACUCAGAGAGUACAGCAAAUCUUAGCUUCCCAUAACCCCACAAAGCCUAUAUUUUUAUAUAUUGCCUAUCAAGCUGUUCAUUCACCACUGCAAGCUCCUGGCAGGUAUUUUGAACACUACCGAUCCAUUAUCAACAUAAACAGGAGGAGAUAUGCUGCCAUGCUUUCCUGCUUAGAUGAAGCAAUCAACAACGUGACAUUGGCUCUAAAGACUUAUGGUUUCUAUAACAACAGCAUCAUCAUUUACUCUUCAGAUAAUGGUGGCCAGCCUACAGCAGGAGGGAGUAACUGGCCUCUCAGAGGUAGCAAAGGAACAUAUUGGGAAGGAGGGAUCCGGGCUGUAGGCUUUGUGCAUAGCCCACUUCUGAAAAACAAGGGAACAGUGUGUAAGGAACUUGUGCACAUCACUGACUGGUACCCUACUCUGAUUUCACUGGCUGAAGGACAGAUUGAUGAGGAUAUUCAACUAGAUGGCUAUGAUAUCUGGGAGACCAUAAGUGAGGGUCUUCGCUCACCUCGAGUAGAUAUUUUGCAUAACAUUGAUCCCAUAUACACCAAGGCAAAAAAUGGCUCCUGGGCAGCAGGCUAUGGGAUCUGGAACACUGCAAUCCAGUCAGCCAUCAGAGUGCAGCACUGGAAAUUGCUCACAGGAAAUCCUGGCUACAGCGACUGGGUGCCCCCUCAGUCUUUCAGCAACCUGGGACCGAACCGGUGGCACAAUGAACGGAUUACCUUGUCAACUGGCAAAAGUGUAUGGCUUUUCAACAUCACAGCCGACCCAUAUGAGAGGGUGGACCUAUCUAACAGGUAUCCAGGAAUCGUGAAGAAGCUCCUACGGAGGCUCUCACAGUUCAACAAAACUGCAGUGCCGGUCAGGUAUCCCCCCAAAGACCCCAGAAGUAACCCUCGGCUCAAUGGAGGAGUCUGGGGGCCAUGGUAUAAAGAGGAAACCAAGAAAAAGAAGCCAAACAAAAAUCGGGCUGAGAAAAAGCAAAAGAAAAGCAAAAUAAAGAAGAAGAAACAACAGAAAACAGUCUCAGGUUCAACUUGCCAUUCAGGUGUUACUUGUGGAUAAGCGCAAAUAUUUCCUGUUUGGUUAAACUUUAAUCAGUUCUUAUCUUUCAUCUGUUUCCUAGGUAAACCAGCAAAUUUGACUCGAUAAUAUCGCUGCCCUAAGCGUCAGGCUUGUUUUCAUGCUGUGCCACUCCAGAGACUUCUGUCACCUGGCCGCCACACCGAAAACUGUUCUGCUCAGUGCCAAAGGUGCUACUCUUGCAAACCACGCUUAGAGUGGAGAUGUUUGUUUCUCUUGCUCCUUUAGAAAACGUGGUGAGUCCUGAGUUCGACUGCUGUGCUUCAGUCAACUGACCAAACACUGCUUUAAAUUAUAGGAGGAGUACAAUAACCUACCAUCCGCAAGCAUGCUAAUUUGAUGGAAGUUACAGGGUAGCAUGAUUAAAACUACCUUUGAUAAAUUAUAGUCAAAGAUGUGUCACCUCAAAGGCCUUGAAGAAUAUAUUUUCUUUGUGAAUUUUUGUAUCUCUGUCGUAUGACACUUGGGUUUCUAAAUUCUAUUUCAUAUAUAUAUAUGUGUGUAUAUAUAUAUAUGUGUGUAUAUAUAUGUUUCUUUUCCUGUGAAAAGCUGUUUUUCUCACAUGUGAACAGCUUGCACCUCAUUUUAUCAUGCAUGAGGGAAUGGCAAAUAAGAAUGUUUGAGCAUACUGCCCACAAUGAAUGUAACUAUUUUCUAAACACUUUAAUAGAAGAACAUUUCAGUAUAAAAAAACCUAAUUUAUUUUUACAGAAAAAUACUAUUUUGUUGUCAUAAAAAGUUAUGCAAAUGACUUUAAUUAUUUUAUUUUAAUUUCCUGCAUACCAUUAGAAGAGUUUUAUUUCAUUUCUUCAAAUUACCGAGCACUGUAAUACUAUAAAUUACUGUAAUACUGUGCAAAUUCAUAGACUAUAAAAACAUCAUUCAGAAAACAUUAUAAUCAUCAUUGUUCAACCAUGAUUUUGAAUGUAAUAAGAUGAAUAUAUUCCUUACAAAUUACUUGGAAAUUCAAUGUUUGUGCAGAGACAACUUUAUUGUUUCUAUCAUAAACUAUUUAUGUAUCUUAAUUAUUAAAAUGAUUUAUUUUAUGGCACUAGAAAAUUUACUGUGGCUUUUCUGAUCUAACUUCUAGAUAAAAUUGUAUCACUCAUCCUAAAAAACAAAGAUCUUUACUAAUAGGCAGUUGAAGGAAUGGUUUGCUAACAACCACAGUAAUAUGAUUUUACAGAUAGAUGCUUCCACUUGACUAUGACAUGGAGAAAGAUGUUCCCAUAUUAAUAAAUAACAUUUAUAUUAGGUUGGUGCAAAAGUAGUUGCAGUUUUUGCCAUUAAGAGUAAUAACCUUACUCUUAUACAAAGUGGACACUGUGGGGAGAUACAGAGAAAUGGAAUAUAUGGAUCCUGCCUGGAGUAAGUUAUCUUGUUUGGAAACCACACAUGCAAACGUCAUGAGGAUAAUUAAAGGAGUAUUAUCAGUAAUGAAGUUUAUCAUGGGUCACCAAUGAGCAUAGAUUGGUGUGGUUCCUGUAGACCUUGGUGUGUUCUUCGAAGUGCCCUCUCCUAAUACAGAGGCCUUGAAGCCUCGCGGUAUACACUUGAAACGUCACAGAUAGCUAGAAUUGUAAUCUUUGAAGUUAUAACUGUGAUAAGAAAAUGUGUGUGGUGGUAUGACAGCAUACCAUUAAACACAUUUAUAUCACAGCUCAAAGGACUGAUAUAAUACAUUUAUAUCACAGCUCACAAUUUCUGAAAAUGUAUAAAAGAAUCUGUAAUCUAGUACUGAAAUUACUAAAUUGGAUAAGAUGAUUUAAAGGAUUUUAAUUUUAAUGUUUUAUUUCUAGAAUAUAUGGCUCCAGUUUAUUUUAUAGUGUAAAGUUGUAUUUCCUAAAGUUUGUUUUUUGUUGACAGUAUCCUUUAAAUGAGUCUUAAAAAUAAAGGCAUAUUGUUCAUGUUUUCCUUUCCCAGUGGCACAUAAAUAACAUAUCUUAAAAUAGAUGGUAUCUUAUACACUUUUAAAAAAUAGACAUCUUUACACUAAAAAAGAAUUCUGAAGAAAGUAAGUUUGGGAGAUGUUGGGUUAAAGAAAGUCAAAGGAGUCACCUUAAUGCAGAUGUUUCUUAGAAUUUUUAAAAUCUUAGCUUGCAUUGUAACCCUGACAGAAGGAAAAUGUUAUACAGUAUUUCAUAAUUUCACCACAAAACUGUUCUCUGUGGCACAAUGCACAGGACUAGCAUUCUGAGGAACUAUACUGUUAUUGGAAACAUAGUGUAAAAAUAGAAUCUUCUAGAAGUUCCUAGAAAGACAAAAAAAGAAGCAAAGAGGCAAAUUAGGAUUAUGAAAUACCAGUAGGUAUCACCUAUUGUGGUGUAAUUCUAAGUUCUCUAUAAAUGAUUAUAAUCUUCUCAGUGAAAAUAAUUUAGCCCACAGUGUUCUACUGGAAAUGGCUUCAUGGAUGUUGAUUGCUGUUUUAAAGAGUACCUGCCACCUGCCCAGGGCUCUAGGCAGGAUGUGGUUUACGAGAAGUCUCAGUGUCUUGCCCUCAAGAAAUUGAAAUCCUUUCUAAUAGUCAUAUAUAAGUCAUGAACAAAAAUGUUUCUAAAAAUGCUGUCGGCAAAUCACUAGGAAUUUCAAGAUGGACAGGAAGGAAAACACUGUGUCCUUGAGUUUUGUGCCCUAAUCACUGAUGCCAUGUUAAUAUGGGGAAUUCAUUCUCAGGUGUUAGUUUCCUAAACUGUGAUCUUCAAGAUGCGUUUCUAGGCUGCCUGUGGUUCUUUCAAGUGUAAACUGCACCUCUUUCAAACCUCUGAUCUUUCUUAGGGUUUCGAAAGAAACUUCAUUAGCUUUGCCAGAAAAUAAUUUUUGAAUAUGGCUAUGUUUCUGGGUUGAGAACGGAUAUAAAAACAUUUUCUUCCAAUGAGAACAUCAACAACGAAAAUAAUUGUAGUACCUUUUAGCCAGUGAAAACAUCUACCCCAGGUCUGUCAACUGUCAAGUCUAACUAAAGGACUUGUUUCAUCUGUUUUUACAUACUCUUUCUUCAUUUUUCUAAAAAUUGAAUGGAUAUUUUUGUUUUCUUGACCAGGCCCCUUUUAAAAUUUUUAAGCACAGAGUAUCACUGUCAUUGAUAGUUGAAUAAUUAUACUUGUUUGUACUUUCAACAUUUCUCUGUGAGAAUAUACCAUAUUAGUGUGCAUGUCUCCACAUUAUUUCUUUAUAUUACUGAACGGUAUUUUAUUACAUAGAUAUGCCAUUUUUUAUCCUUUCACAUGUUAAUGGAUACUUGGGUUGUUUCCAGGUUAAGGCUAAUAUAACUAAAAAUGCUAUGUAUUUUCAUGUGCAGGUGUUUCUUGAUUUUCUAAGGCACAUGAAUUUCACAUCAGGAUCAGCUUCCUAAGCAUUUUAUUCAUACCAUUUUUGAACAUACAAAUUGUGAAUUUGUCAGUAGCAGAAUGUGUGAUGUUGGCAGGAAAAAGUUUCCUUGCCAAAAGCAGCACAAUUCCUCUAUGGUAAACUAAUAGCUACUUUAUUUCCUCAUGCAAUGACUUCAUAGAAUCCAUUCACUCAUUCAACAAAUGCAUGCUGAAUGUUACUCUCUCAGGCAAUGUUCUAGGAUCUUGGGAUAUAUAAGUGUAUGAAAUGAAUAAAAAUUCUUACCCUUGGGCAGGUUAUCUUCCAGCUGAGUGAAGCAGACAAUAAAUAAUAAACACAACUAAUUAUAACAUUAUAUACUAUAUAAAGUAGUGUGAAAAAAGAGUCGAUCAGGAUAACGGGAGGAUUCACUCUACACCGAGUUUAUCCACCCAUUCAUUCAGCAUUUGUCAAUUACCCCGUAUAAUGGUGUGCAUGGGAUGUGAUGGCAAGUGACAUCAGGCAGAGUCCUUGCCUUCGGGUGUGCCCCUGCCUUUUUAGUGUACAUUCUCCUAGAAGAUGCAGCCAUGAACCCAAUAACCAAACACCUCAUCUCUGCCAUCCUCCCACCAUGGCUACCCCACUUUCCAGCUUGAUCUUUCUCGUUAGCAUUUAAUAUGCUUCAGAUUUUACUCACAAGUUUUCCUUAUUGUCUGUUUCAUUCCCCUAGAAUAUAAGCUUUUUAAGAAAAGGGAUUUCUAUAAGUUCUGUUUACAUGUGCAUGGCCAGUAUAUAAAAUGGUGUCCUACUCAUACUUAGCACUCAAUGUUUUUGAGUGAAUAAAUAAGAUAAUCACAUUUAUCCAUAUGUUCAGCCACAUUUGCCUAAGUUUCCACUUUCUAUUUCUGGUACAGGGAUUUCAUUGUUGAAAAAUAGAACUAAUCAUCCUUAAUACCUUUAGCAGCAAUGAUAUGAAAUGCAGAAAUUUCUAACACUAUAAAAAACUAACUCUAAUAUUGUAUAGUUAUAGGAACAUGCUGUUACAGCAAAAGCAAAGCAAAAAUGAUACAAAAUUGAGAGCAAAUUUUAUCUAUCAUCUUUAUUACAUAACAGGAUAGAACAUGAUUAUUCUAACGCUACUUGGAAUAUUACAGAAUACAUUAGCUUAAAUGAGUUCCCAGAAAGAAGAGAUGAGGGCUUAAAUUGUCAAUAAUUUUUUGUACUAAAUCAUGAAAGGAAAAAAAUAUAAUUAGCAAAUAAACCUCUAUGUCUUCAUAGAAUUAUAAAGCCAAAUGGAAUAUACCUCACAUCCUUGGGUAUUCUAUUACAAACCUCUCCAAUAUGGCAAAGCAGAAAUUCUGCUUUUUUAAAGAUAUAUUUUUCUUAAAUAUUUUACUAGUCAUAGCAUCUCUAUGAAUUUGGUUGAUUCAUUGGUUAAACAUGGUAUUAUUUAAAGCACAGAACCUGAAUGUUGCCUUUGGGGAUUAGGUAGAUUUGAACGUAUUUACUUAACUUUCAAUUUCAUAUCUAUGAUUUGAAAUUUCCUUAUAUUCAAAUUUACUGCAAUCCUAUAAAAUUUUUUCCAGUUGGUUUAUGCAAUUUCAGGUAAAAUCAAUCCCAAUAAUUGAAAAACAAACAACAGAAUAGCAAAGGCAUAUUAGAAAUGUCUACCCAUCCACUCUUUGUAGAAAUUCUUCAGCUGAUAAUUGUAAAUAGAGAGCAUCUUAUUGCACAAUCAAACAAAAGUAAAAUUUGUCUUUCAGUAUAAAAAUCCAAAAAUAAUUUUUAAUAUCACUUCCAUCAUAUUAAUCUUUCUAGAAACAAUGCUUUAAGAAUUAAAGUCCUUCAACUCCAGGGUUGAACAUGGAGGAUGACGAGGGACUACCUUCAGCUGACCUUCUAAAUCCUAAACAACUGUGAGGAAAAAAAACUUUUUAUAACCAAGGUUUUUAAAAAGUCUUGAUUUAAUUUAGUAUCUGAAAUCGUAUUUUUUAUGUCAUCAUCACCAGAAUUUCCAGAGGCUUCCUUUGGGCAAACAGCGUUAAGUCCUCAGUCAGCGAGUUAUUCUGUCUCCAAGGCAGAUCCCACUAAAACUUCUCUAUUUUUAGUUAUUCCUGAUUAAAUAAUCCCCUCUAGCACCUAUGAGGUGGGGAAUUACAAGCAUAAAAAGUCCUGCAAUUAUUUCUACUACACAGUCAGACAUAAUAGCAACAAAACAAUACAGUGUUUUAUUAAACUUUUUUUUCUUUUCUUCAAGUUUUGCUCAAGAUCCUAACAGUUAACGUAGUGUUUCAGAGAUUAAGGUAACAGCUUCUGAGGAAUCCUGCUCUCUCCCAGCUGGGAGCCAUGGCGGCUGCAGUGGCAGUGGAGACUAGGUGAGGCGGGUGGAGAGGUUUUUCCCCUUACCUUUUUAUUUGGCCCCUUGCUUCUGCACUUCUCAGCAUCCCGGUUGUGCUAGGGCUAUUUCUUUCCGAACUCACAUGCAACCAUAACUCCGCAUUUUACUUUCUUGGCACCCUUCUCCAUACCCAAGUCCCACAUCCGUUUCUGCCACAGAACUAGGCACAUGAUAGCUAUGUCCAACACAACAGAGGUAUCAACAAGUGAAUUCCUCCCUUCCAAAGUUCUCCCAGCAUAAAGGGAUGAAUGUGUAGAGCUAUCUCAGCCUUCUGGUGACGAGAAGACCUGAGCCCCACCCCUAAAUCUUCAAGGAGCUGAGAUCAGAGUGGGAGUGAGCAAUCAGGAAGCCAACAAAUUGUUCCCACCAGAGUAAGUGAGCGACCUCUCCCUUCAGGUCCAAGCAGUUUAGCAGCUGCAAUGUCCAAAGCCGCUUCAGCUUUGGGAACUAAUUAAUGCUUUCUCUUUCUGCCCAGAAGAGAGAGCAGUGAAUAAGGUAACUUCUAACUUCUAUUUGGAACCUAUCCAAAGCCUACCUUGGGUAUUUCUUCUCUUCUUACAUAGAGGAGCGAACAACAUAGAUUUCUAACAUUCUCUACCCACCCACCAAAAGCCCAACGUUGGGAAUUCCUGGACCCUUUCUUCUCUUGCUAGGAGAAGGCAAAAACUAAAAGCCUUCUCUAAAACCUAAAACCAUUUGGGCUGCUUGUUCCAACCUACCCCCAGCCUUCGACCAACAGUUGUCUUCCAAUCCUUUCAAUCUGUCUGCUAUUGGCUCUUGCUGUCUUCUUUCAAAUCCUGUUAGUUAGCCUGGGGGUCAUCCUCUAUCUCUUUCAGAAAACCACGUUUCAAACAGGAUCCCAUUCUUGUCAGUAAACUUGGUAAGUUUUUAUGAUCUGUAUUUAUUCCUUGUUAUCCUGAAUGCAACCAUGAAGUUUCUGGAACUCAGAGUCAUCAUUGUUCAUUACAGCAACGGCAGCAGUGUCCCAUAGGUGAUGCAAGGAAAGCCACAUGAUUAGCACUACAUGUACAAGGGUCUCAUCAUAGGAGCGGAAGCCUAAAAUUAUGAAUCUGGAAAUAUAUAUAUAUAUAUAUACACACACAUAUGUGUGUGUGUGUGUGUGUGUAUAUACACACAUAUAAAAAUAUAAAUAAAAUGCCCUCCCUUUCCUCCGUUCCUGAGAGAGAAACAUUUGCUCCCUGGUCUUUUAGAGUCCUUUGGACUGUAAAUAAAUGUUCUGACAGAAAUAAGUUUUAUUACUCUUUAAGAGCAGAUAAUUCCCUGUGUAACACACUUCAACGUCCGAGCUUGUCCUUUGACCCAGAUGCCAGUAACAUUUAUCAGAAAGUCCUAACUAUGCAGAAACAUGAGAAUAUUCACUUUCUGACAUAGAUCAGUGGUUGCAGAUGGAAGUUGAAGCAGGGACUGACAGAAAACAGGUAUGAGGGAAACUUCAGGGUGAAGGAGGUACCUUAAAAUUGAAUCGUAGGGAUGAUUGUACAACUGCAUGAUGUACUAAAAAAUAAUCACUGAACUGUAUAGUUACAAUGGGCAACUGUAUGACAUGUAAAUUUUUCCUCAAAAAAGCUGCUAAAUGCAAGCCAGUAGCUAGAAUAAUUAUUCACAAUAAAUAUAACAACAAAAAGUCUCCAGAAUAUAUAAUAAACUCCUACAAAUCAAUAAGAGAAAAUAAUGGAAAGAGUCCUCACAAAAGAUGACACACAAAUGCACAGUCAAUAUAUGAAAAUGUGCUCAAAAUCAUUAGGCAUUAGAGAAGUGUAAAUUAAAAUCAUAAGGCUAUGCCAGUACAUUUGUAUCAGAAAGGUUAAAAUGAAAAAGAUAGUACCAGGUGUUGGUAAGUAUGUGGAACAACUGACUGGAAGUGUUGGUGAGAGUGUAAACUAAUAUAACCACAUCAGAAAACGUUUUGACUGUAUCAAUGAGAGUUUAACAUUUAUAUCCCUAUAACCCAGCAAUUUUAUUCCUAGGAAUAUACCCUGGAGAAAUGCGUGUAUAGCUAUUCACCAAAAGUCAUGUAAAGAUAUAAUUCAUAGAAGCACUAUUUAUAGUAUCCUAACACUGAAAAGCACCCUUAAUUAUUCAUCAGCAAGAGAAUAAGUAAACAAAUGGUGAUAUUCUCAUAUAAUGGAAUGUUAUUCCAUUGAGGCGGACGUGUUGAGGGGUUACUAGAAGGGGCACAAGAGGGACUUCUGGGGUUCUGCUAAUAUUUUUGUCUCUGUACUGCUUGUGGUUAUAUGUUCAGUUUUCUAAAAUUCAUUAAUCUAUAUAACUAGAGUUUAUGUACUUCCCUGUGUUUGUUAUACUUCUCACCACUACCGGAGUCUACGAUAUAUAUAUAUAUUUAUAUGAGAUAUAUAUAUAUAUCUCAUAGCAAUUCCACUCCCAGAUAUUUGCCCAAAUCCAGGAAUAAAACUAAUACAUGCCUAGCAAAGUGUCUUACACACUGUAAUAUUCAAUUAACAUGAAACACAGAACAAAAAGGCCUAAUUUACCCAUCCUAUUUUUUUUUUUAAUCAUAUUAACCAGCAUGCAGAAAUUUCUGGGACCUAAAUAUCCAGCCCUAAUAAGUAUUAUAGAUGACUACCACCAGGGGUCAUGCUAGCAGGUUUGUUUCAACAGGUUGAAGCUGAAUGUAAUUAAUUGUAUAAUUUUUAUUAGUUCAAAUCCAGUUUUUUAAAAUUACAUUAUGAAACAAAGGUGAUGUGAAUAAUCAUAUUGAAUGGUAAGUGCAAUAAAAUCUGCAUAUGCAUUGAAUUCACAAUUGAGUCAUGUCCAAUAUUACAGUCUAACCUCAAUUCCUAUCAAAUAAUUUAAGUUAAAAAAUAGUGGGUCCCAUAUUUAUGGCUUUCUGAUUAUAGAGUCUUCUACUGAGGUAACAUGAUUCCCCUUGAAUUCUUCUCUAUUGUUCUUAUCUUUGUAGUGACUAUCCUUGUAUUUCUCUACAUUGCUCCAGUCCACCCCACCACUAUUUCCUCUGCCUAUUCAUCUCUCUCUCCCUCCUUCUCUAGCUCUUUUCUCUUUGUCAUCUUUAUUUUCCCUUCUCCCUCUUUGUAAUUAUAAUCUCUUUAAUAUUUUUAAAAACUAACCAAACUCAUAUGUUGGAAUUUAAUAAAUUAGAGUCUGUGUACCUAUCUUUAAAAAAAAUCUUUGGGCAAACUUUUAUACUAGGAGGCAUAUUUCCACAUAGCCACUUAUAUUCCAGCCUAAUCUAAGAGUGAAAAUGACUGUUGACCAGAAAUUAAUACUUUUACCGAUAGUCAAAAAUAGUGAUCAUAUUUCAACAAUAGAUAACUUUAUUUACUAUUGCCAGAAAGACUCAUAAUCAUCUUUGUGUGUAUAUGUUUAAUUAUAAUCACACUUGAUUGAAUUACAGUUUCCAAUAAUUAAUUAUGGCUGUUAGUGGCUAUUAAAUAAGAAAAUGUGUUUGUAGCUCAAACAUUUAUCUUGUUAUGUU